AUGAGUAGUAAUAACAGUCAAUGGGACAAUAUAAAAAAAGAGUCCACAUCAACACAACAAUCUUCAAUUUCUAAUCUACCAAAAAAAAGCAUCUUAAAAAAUACUAUAACCAAUGAUCCAGAUGUCUUAUCAAACACUUCACAGUCAAGGACAAAUCAACGAUCUGCUGUUCCUGAUCAGUUUGAUCAAAAUGAUAACCAUGAUUUGACCUCUAUUACUCAGACAUUAUUAGAUAAAUCCAAUAGAACAGUUUCCUUUGCUCCAGAUGUUACAUUGCAUAGUUUUGAUUUUGUUAUUAAUAAAAAUACGAACAAUACUAAUAUCACUACGUCUACUACAACUAAGAAUGAUACGGCUUUAAUGAUACCUGUUAAGAUUAAACCAGUUCUUGAUAUAUCAUCUCAAGAAAAAGAUGAAGAUUCUCUGAGUAUGGAAUUGACGGGUCCAAUCAAUUUACCGAAUAAAAACCACAAUACAAAUAAUAAUACAAGUGACAUCAGUGCUGAUACAAUCGAAAGGGAGGAAAAAAUGUCCCCAAUUCCUUUAUCCAUUAGUAUGCAAGAUGAUAAUUUUGUUAAUAAAAAUGAUAGUACUAUGGAAUUGACAGAAGUUUUUAAUUCAGAAAAUAUCUCUAACAUUAUUAAUAAUAAUAAUAACUCUGAUACAAUGAACUUUACUAAGAUCCCAUUUGUAAGUAAAACGAAUGAUCCUGAAGACAUGGAGUUAACACAGAUUCCAAAACAUACCCCACAUAAAUUUCUUGAAGCUGAUAGAGAUUCAAUGGAUUUUACUCAGAUCUAUAAAAGUAAUAUUAAUAAAACGAACACAAUGGCAUCAUUGAAUCAGAUAAUAAGUAGUCAGAAUGAAGAAAUGGAUUUCACACAGAUAAAUGGAAAGAAGAAUGAUCAAGCACAAUUAAGCGAUAAUGGAAACAAAAUGGAAUUAACUCAACCAUACCAUUCUAAUUCAAGUAAAACAAAUAUCGAUAAUUUUGAUGAAAAUGAACAAAACUUAACUGAAAAUGAAAUAGAAUUUACUCAGAUACACUUACAGAAUAAUAAUAAUAACAAUAAUAAUCAUAGUAAUUAUAAUGAAUCCGAAAGUGAUAGUGACAUGGAUUUAACCAACAUUUCUUCACAUUUUACAUAUAAUAAAAACAACAACAAUAAUAAUAACAAAAGUACAAUUAAUAAUACCGCUAAUAAUAAGGAUGUCUAUAGUAAAAGUUCUAAAAGAUCAAGAGAAAACCAUAAUGAGGAAAAUCAAACAUAUACACCAAAAAGGACUUCAAAUGAUAAACCCAUUUCAGUAUCAAAUGCUGAACAAAUGUCACCAAUUAAAUUUAAUGAACUUAAUACUACUAAUAAUAUUGAUAAUAGCAAUUCUUCUACCAAAAAUUAUUCUCUUGUAAAAUUUUUAACUGAUAUAGAAUCCAAUUUUGUACAAGCUAUAAAUAAUAUGAAAGUUGACCCGCAACCAGUAUUACUUAAAGCAGCAAAUAACAGUGCUAAUGAUUUAACAAAUAAUAAACUUCGUGCCUUUUUGUCUCUUUACUCUGAUAUUCCAUGGUUGCAAAUGAUAACUUUUAUGUCAAAAGAAUUAAUAAUGAUGAACGAAAAAUCACAGAAUGUUUUAAAUAAUUUACAAACCCAAAUUUCAAAUUCAAAAGCACCACCAUUAUUAUUAAAACGGUACUAUGAUUCUACUGAUAACGAAAAACGAAUUAUAAAAGAACAACUGAGUAUAAUUAAAUUGUAUUCAUCCUUGGAAGCAAAAAAAUCCUGGUAUAAAUGGCAAUUAUCAAAUUUAGAAAAUGUGAAAAUCAUUUUAAAGGAAAAUCUUACUUUAUUAAAAUUAAAAAGUUCAAAACUUGAUCAAAAAUUGGAUCAGUAUAAAAAUGUAUAUAAUAAAUUAACAACUUUGAGAGAAUCCUUACAAAAUGAUAUUAUUACAUAUAAAAAUGAUGUCGAUAUUAAUUUUAAAGAGGUCUCCUUAGAUAAUAAAAUCAAAUUAGCUAAAUUAAAGAGAUAUAUAGAGGUCCAUAAAAUCGACAUCAAAGAACUUCCAACAUUAAUAAACAAAAAGAGACAAUUAUCAGCAGAUGUUAUGGACUUAAAUGAAACUUUAAACAAAUUAAAGAGGAAUUAUCAAGACACAAAUAUUGGUGAAUAUCAAGAAGAACAGCUAUCUAAUUUUAAGCUAAAAGAUAAGCUAAAUCUAUGGGGAAAUCUAACAGGAAUUCAUUUCUCAAACAUUAUGAGUGAUACAAUGAUCUUGAAAAUGCCGUUGUUAUCGAUGGAUAUUAGUUUGGAAAUUCAACUCAAGAAUGAUUUUGAGACAUUUUUAUCAAAUAUUUCAAACUAUAUUAAAGAUAAAUUUAUUAGAAUUUUUUUUUCUCACCCAUUUCCAAAAUAA